GGUGGGGCCUUUGUCAGACAUCGUGGCUAUAAAAUGGUUUGACCGACUCUGUGGAAGAAUUGACAAGAAUAACUUAUAUCUAUUUGGGGUGAUGGGGUUCAGUCAAGUGGCUGCAGUGCUGCUGUUGGUCGUGGUGUUUGGCUGUGUUAGUGAUGCUUGGAUCUCCAGAUGGUUUUAUCCAAGAUUGGGGUUUCUGCAUGAAGAUGAAGUUUCAGCACCGCUUUGACACUCAGAAGCUAGUGCAAGAAGACCCUGUGGGAGAGGACCCUGUGGGACAAGAACCUAGCGAGCCCGUUGUCGUUCCUGUGGGGCAGGAGCCCGGCAUCGAAACUAGCCAGGCUGAAGACCCUGAGAGCUUCCAGUCCAAGCAGACAUUUGAGAACCCUCUGACUUGGCUCUAUCCUACGAUUGAGAAGCAUGUGCGCAAUUCUACAGCGUUUCAGCGGCUAAAGCAGGUGGCAGCCAACGGUGUGGUGGCUUGGUGUGGGAAAAGUGUGGUCCGUGUGGAGGUGAAACAGGAACUUCUGGGGAUUGGCCGGCUCGUCCAGCCAGAGCGUAUCACUCUAGGAGGCUGUGCUGCCAUUGAGGAGGAUGCUGAAGCUCUUGUGCUCACAUUUGAAUCAGAGCUGCAUGGCUGUGGCAGUGAGCUGACGAUGACUGAGGAUGUGCUGAUCUACACCUUCAGUCUUGUCUAUGAGCCAAAACCUCUUGCUAACAUUUCUAUAUUGAACACCAGUAAAGCUAUGGUUGAUAUUGAGUGCCACUACUUGAGGAAUCAUGAAGUAAGCAGCAAUUCCCUGAAGUAUGCUGUAGAACCUAGCAAUCUUGUGGGCCAAGAACCUAGCCAGGUUGUUAUAAAGCCUGUGGUAGAGCCUGUGGGCUGGGAACCUAGCAUAGAGCCUGUGGGCCGGGAACCUAGUGAGCAGCCUGUGGGCCAGGAUCUGGUUGGAAAGACUGUUGGACAGGAACAUAGAAAGCUUUUUGGUGGGCUUUUGGGUCUAGAAACUAGCAAACCUGUGGGCCAGGCAGCUGGAGGGCAGCCGGUGGGCCAGGCAGCUGGAGGGCAGCCGGUGGGCCAGGCAGCCGGUGGGCCAGGCAGCUGGAGGGCAGCUGGAGGGCAGCCUGUGGGCCAGGCAGCUGGAGGGCAGCCGGUGGGCCAGGCAGCUGGAGGGCAGCCGGUGGGCCAGGCAGCUGGAGGGCAGCCGGUGGGCCAGGCAGCUGGAGGGCAGCCGGUGGGCCAGGCAGCCGGUGGGCAGCCUGUUGUCUGGGAAGCUAGCGGCGAGCCUGUGGGCCGGGAACCUGGCGAGCCUGUGGGCCGGGAACCUGGCGAGCCUGUGGGCCAAGACACAAGUGAGCCUGUGGGCCAGCAACCUGUUGGAGAGCAGCUUGUAGUCCAGGAGCCUGUGGGCCAUGAAAAUGGCGAGCAGCCUGUGGGCCAAGAACCUAGUGAGCCUGUGGGAGAGCAGCCUGUGGGCCAGGAACUUAGCCAGCAGCCUGUUGGCGAGCCUUUGGACCAGGAACCUAGCGAUCCUUUCGAAGAAGAAUCUAGUGAGCAUGUUGGAGAGCCUGUGGGCCAUGAACCUGGGGAGCAGCCUGUGGGCCAUGAACCUGGGGAGCAGCCUGUGGUCCAGGAACUUGGGGAGCAGCCUGUGGUCCAGGAACUUGGGGAGCAGCCUGUGGUCCAGGAACUUGGGGAGCAGCCUGUGGGCCAGGGACCUAGCGAGCAGCCUGUGGGCCAGGGACCUAGCGAGCAGCCUGUGGGCCAGGGACCUAGCGAGCAGCCUGUGGGCCAGGGUCCUAGCGAGCAGCCUGUGGGCCAGGGACCUAGCGAGCAGCCUGUGGGCCAAGAACGUAGUGAGCAUGUUGGGGAGCCUGAGGGCCAGGGCCCUAGCGAGCCAUUGGGAAAGGAACCAAGCGAGCCAUUGGGAAAGGAACCAAGCGAGCCUGUGGGCCAGGAACCAAGUGAGAUUUUAGGUAAUAAACCUAGGGAGCAGCCUGUGGGCCAUGAACCUGGAGAGCAGCCUGUGAGCCAGGAACCUAUUGGAGAGCAUCCUGUUGGUGAACCUUUGGGCCAAGAACCUAGUGAGCAUGUAGGAGAGCCUGUGGGCCAAGAUUCUAGUGAGCCUGUGGGCCAAGAACCUAGUGAGCCUGUGGGAGAGCAGCCUGUGGGCCAAGAACUUAGCCAGCAGCCUGUUGGCGAGCCUUUGGGCCAAGAACCUAGUGAGCAUGUUGGAGAGCUUGUGGGCCAUGAACCAAGUGAGAUGUUGGGUAGUGAACUCAGCGAGCCUGUGGGCCAGGAUCCUAGCGAGCAGCCUGUGGCCCAAGAGCCUGUGGGCCAUGAACCUGUAGAGCAGCCUGUGAGCCAGGAACCUGUUGGAGAGCAUCCUGUUGGCCAGCCUUUGGGCCAGGAACCUAGCGAGCCUUUAGGCCAAGAGUCCAGUGAGCCUGUGGGCCAGCAACCUGUUGGAGAGCAGCCUGUGGGCCAGGAACAAAGCCAGCAGCCUGUUGGCGAGCCUUUUGGCCAAGAACCUAGUGAGCAUGUGGGCCAGCAACCUGUUGGAGAGGAGUCUGUGGGCCAUGAGCCUGUGGGCCAAGAACCUAGUGAGCCUGUUGGCCAAGAACCUAGUGAGCCUGUGGGAGAGCAGCCUGUGGGCCAAGAACCUAGUGAGCCUGUGGGCCAAGAACCUAGUGAGCCUGUGGGCCAGCAACCUGUUGGAGAGGAGCCUGUGGGCCAAGAACGUAGUGAGCCUGUGGGCCAAGAACGUAGUGAGCCUGUGGGCCAAGAACGUAGUGAGCAUGUUGGAGAGCUUGUGGGCCAUGAACCUGGAGAGCAGCCUAUGGGCCAGGAGCCAAGCCAGCAGCCUGUGGGCCAGGAACCAAGCGAGCCUGUGGGUCAGGAUCCUAGUGAGCAGCCUGUGGCCCAAGAGCCUGUGGGCCAUGAACCUGUAGAGCAGCCUGUGGGCCAGCCUUUGGGCCAAGAACCUAGUGAGCAUGUUGGGGAGCCUGAGGGCCAGGGACCUGGGGAGCCUGAGGGCCAGGGACCUGGGGAGCCUGAGGGCCAGGGACCUGGGGAGCCUGAGGGCCAGGGACCUGGGGAGCCUGAGGGCCAGGGACCUGGGGAGCCUGAGGGCCAGGGACCUGGGGAGCCUGAGGGCCAGGGACCUAGCGAGUUAUUGGGAAAGGAACCAAGCGAGAUUUUAGGUAAUGAACGUAGCGAGCAGCCUGUGGGCCAGGAACCUAGCGAGCAGCCUGUGGGUCAUGAACCUAGCCAGCCUGUGGCCCAAGAGCCUGUGGGCCAUGAACCUGUAGAGCAGCCUGUGGGCCAGCCUUUGGGCCAAGAACCUAGUGAGUAUGUAGGUGAGCCUGUGGGCCAAGAUUCUAGUGAGCCUGUGGGCCAAGAUUCUAGUGAGCCUGUGGCCCAAGAACCUAGUGAGCCUGUUGGAGAGCAGCCUGUGAGCCAGGAACCUGUUGGAGAGCAGCCUGUGGGCCAGGAACCUAGCGAGCAGCCUGUGGGCCAGGAUCCUGUUGGAUUGCCUUUGGGCCAGAAACCUAUCCAGGAUGAAGACCCUGAGAGCUCCCAGUCGAAGCAGGCGUCUGAGAACCCUUUGACUUGGAGCUAUCCUGAAGUUGCAAAGCCUGAGCACAGGCCUACUGUGUCUGAGCGGCUGAAGCAGGUGGCGGCCAACAGUGUGUCGGCUCAGUGUGGGGAGAGUGUGGUCCGCGUGCAGGUGAACCAGGACCUGCUGGGGAUUGGCCGGCUCAUACAGCCAGAGCGUAUCACUCUAGGAGGUUGUGCUGCCACUGAGGAGGACGCUGAAGCUCAUGUGAUCACCUUUGAAUCAGAGCUGCAUGGCUGUGGCAGUGAGCUGACGAUGACUGAGGAUGUGCUGAUCUACACCUUCACGCUUGUCUAUGAGCCAAAACCUCUUGCUAACACUUCUAUAGUGAAAACCAGUGCAGCUAUGGUUGAUAUUGAGUGCCACUACUUGAGGAAUCACGAUGUGAGCAGCAAUGCCCUGAAGCCAACCUGGAUCCCCAACAUUUCCAACAUGGUGGCAGAGGAACUCCUCUACUUCUCCCUGAGGUUAAUGACUGCUGACUGGCAGUUUGAGAGGCCCUCCAACCAUUACUAUCUUGGUGACAUCAUCAACAUGGAAGCCUCGGUCAUGCCGUACCACCACGUUCCCCUCCGUGUCUUUGUGGACCGCUGUGUCGCCACCUUGGCGCCUGAUGUCCACACUGUCCCUAGAUAUUCUUUCAUUGAGGACCAUGGGUGUCUGGUUGAUGCCAAGUUGACCGGCUCCAGCUCCCAGUUCCUGUCCAGAUCCCAGGAUGACAAGAUCCAGUUUCAGCUGGAGUCCUUCAGGUUCCAACCACAGAAUGAUUCCCAACAGCUCUACAUAACAUGUCAUCUGAAAGCAUCUGCAGCCUCUUCCCCCAUUGAUGCUGAGAACAAGGCCUGCUCUUUCACAGAUGGCUGGAAGGCUGCAGGUGGGGAUGACCUGGUUUGUGGCUGCUGUGACUCCAGCUGUGCUGUGAGCAAGGCUAGAGAUCUGGACAGUGAUUUAGAUAUGCAGAAGGAAGGUGAAGCUACCUUGGGCCCUAUCAUGGUCCAAGAGUAAUAUUACAAGAAUCUUGCCUAUUUUUAACUUUUUGAGGAGAAUAAAUCUGUUACAAUGUUCA